AUGGAGGACUUGGAGCCUCUGUUGGCUGUGAGGUCAGAGGAGAGGAGGCUCAACGGCCAAUGCACAUGGAGCUCUCACACUCAAAGCCUGGAGUCAAAGGUGGUGGAGGACUUCAGACGGAGGCUGAAGUACUUCUUCAUGAAUCCCUGUGAGAAAUACAAGGCCAGGACUCGCAAACCAUGGAAACUGAUUCUACAAAUAUUAAAAAUUGCAAUCAUCACAGCCCAGUUAGUCUCAUUUGGACUGAGCAACGAAAUGAUGGUCACCUUCAAAGACGAAAAUCUGAUGACAUUUAGACAUCUGUUUCUCAAAGGAUACAAGGAUCAUCUGAUGGGACACUACGCACUGUACACAAAAGCAGAUGUGUAUGAUCACAUCUACUACAUUAUCAACAGGUAUAUCAAUCUCCAAAAUCUGACUGUAGGUAAUCUUGCAUAUGAGAGCACUGAUGGCAUGCACACUCCUCUCUCUGUGUGCCAAGAGUUUUACAGAAACAGCAGCAUUGAUCCCGGCAAUGAGACCUUUGACAUUGAUCCACACAUUGAUAAAGAAUGUAUUUCCAUAUACCCUGCGCUGUCCUUUCACAAUGGCGGUUUGGGGACACACACUAACUUCUCUUUAGAUUUCAAAAGGCUGCUAUCAGUGAACAUCUACUUGACUCUGAAAACCAUCAAUCUGCAGACUGUGAGGCAUCAUGAGCUACCAGACUGUUAUGUCUUCAAUAUAAUGAUAAUGUUUGACAACCAUGCGCAUAGUGGAAAGAUAAAAGUGGAUGUCAAAAAUGAUGUUACAAUUUAUGAGUGCAGAGACUGGAACGUGGAAGGCACCUCCGGUAAGCUCGACUACCUGCUCAUAAUGUUUGAUUACGUGGUCAUCCUUGCCUGCUUCACCUCUCUCAUCCUCUGCACGCGGUCUGUGAUCAAUGGCAUCCAACUCCAGUUCGAGUUCAACAUAUUCUUUCAUGCCUACUAUAAUAAAAUUGUGACCUGGUCAGACCGUUUGGAGUUUGUGAAUGGGUGGUAUAUUCUCAUCAUUGUCAGCGAUACAUUGACCAUCGCUGGGUCAGCACUCAAAAUUGGAAUACAAUCAAAGUACCUGACAAGCUAUGAUGUCUGCAGUAUUUUGCUGGGAACAGCCACAAUGUUAGUCUGGGUUGGUGUGAUUCGAUACCUUGGUUUCUUCAAGAAAUACAAUAUCUUGAUAUUAACCUUAAGGGCAGCAUUCCCAAACGUGAUCCGAUUCUGCUGUUGUGCGGCCAUGAUCUACCUCGGGUAUUGUUUCUGUGGUUGGAUCGUGCUCGGGCCUUACCAUGAUAAGUUCCGAACACUUGAUAAGGUGACAGAGUGCCUCUUCUCGCUCAUCAAUGGGGAUGACAUGUACGGCACCUUCCUGAAUAUAAGAUACAAGGGCUACAUGGUGUGGCUAUUCAGCAGACUCUACCUCUACUCCUUCAUCUCUCUGUUCGUCUACAUGGUGCUCAGCCUGUUCAUUGCCCUCAUUACUGACACCUACGAGACCAUCAAGCAUCACCAGCAAGACAAAGCACCGGUGUCCCAGCUUCAGGCCUUCAUAACAGAGUGCAGGGACGAGCCUGAGUCUGGAAGAUACCAGACUGAUGAGGAACCAGCUUCUUGCUGCUUCUGUUCUUGCUGUUUUUCUGGAUGCAGUAAGAAGAUGUAG